AUGAUUUCACGAAUGCGCGCUAACGAGAAGGACACGGACGGCAACGGUAUCCUCGAGCAGAACGACUUUGAGUGCAUGGCAUUGAAAAUGACGAUACUCGAGGGCAAGGGGGUCUUCAACAACAGCGCCCAUCAGGACAACGUGCACGUCAUGCUCGCCCUCUGGGACGAGAUAGCUCAGAUAGCCGAUUUCAACAAAGACGGCAUGGUGACAAACGAGGAGUUCAAAGACGCGGUGAAGAAGUGCUGCGUCGGCAAGUCGUACGGGGACUUUCCCCAAGCGAUGAAAUCGUUCAUCGACAAUCACUUUAGAAUCGUCGACAUGAACGGAGACGGAGUGAUCGGCAUCGAGGAGUACCGGUACAACUCCAUCACGAGGAUUCCGAUCGCCGACGUCGGGCUCAUCGACGAAGCUUACCACAAGCUGGUCAAUGACGACGAUAAGAGACGCGGUGGGUUGACGCUGUCGCGCUACCAGGAGCUCUACGCGGCGUACCUUGGCGAUCCGAACGAACAGAAUCCGGCGGUUUAUCUGUUUGGUCCCCUACCCGAUAGCUGUUGAUCAGCUAGACCAUAAUACAACACAAUACAUUGAUGAACGCGCACAACUUUUUUUUUCUUACUUUUUUUUUUUUUUCACACCACUCUAUACUCUAAGUCACAAAACGCACUGAACGUUAUAUGUAAUUUAUUUUAACUAUAUAGAUGAUUAUAGGUAGUUGCGAUGAUGAUUUUUCUGGAGUAUAUAAGCUGCCUAGAGCAAAAAAAGGCAUUCGGCUCAGUGGCAAAGACCGGAGUUUAGAUUACAAUCGAUUGUUGAGCGUAAUAUUACGGAAAAAUGAUGGAAAAGCAAAGUAUCACACAGUAUUUUUCCUUCUCCAAUUGAAAUAACUUAUUUACUCGCUUUAUUUGUAGAACCAUUAUAUAAAUUAGAGUUGAAAAAUCUCGAAACAAUAUCAAGUGAGAUUUUUAAUUUUACACAACACACACAGAGUGUUUAUAUUUUAUACAAAUUGUACAUUGUCAUGAUUUUUAAAUA